GUCACGCACUUGUAGCUUUAAGCCCGCCGCCGAUCCCGACGCUCACUUCUGUCCAAGUCGCUUACCCGCAAUCACGGUCCGCCGCAGCAGUCUUUCGCCCGGAGUGCCCACGAGUGAAUAAUUCAAAAAAUAUAAAAUGGAAUUCAAAGAGUUCAAAGAAUUUUCGACAGACAUGAUCGAUUACGUGGGAAAUUAUUUAGAAAACAUUCGAGAUCGGAAAGUAUUGUCAUCGGUAAAACCUGGUUACUUAAGACCACUUUUACCAACCGAGGCGCCUAAUGAUCCUGAAAACUGGAAAGAUGUGAUGUCUGACGUCGAAAAACUAAUCAUGCCAGGGGUUACUCAUUGGCAUUCUCCAAGAUUUCACGCUUAUUUCCCUACUGCAAACAGCUACCCGGCCAUCGUUGCUGACAUACUGAGCGAUUCAAUUGCUUGCAUAGGAUUUUCAUGGAUAUCAAGCCCAGCGUGUACUGAAUUGGAAGUGGUCAUGAUGGAUUGGUUGGCUAAAAUGAUAGGCUUACCGGAAAUCUUCUUAGCCUCUGCUGGCCUGGGAGGAGGUGGAGUAAUUCAGGGCACGGCCAGCGAAGCCACUUUGGUGGCGUUGCUGGGCGCCAAGGCGCGGAUAUUGCAGAUCUUGAAACAGGCGGAUCCAACGCUCGUGGACGUGGACAUCGUGCCCAAGCUGGUCGCGUACUCGUCCGCGCUGUCCCAUUCGUCCGUGGAGCGCGCUGGCCUGCUGGGCGGCGUGCUGCUCCGCGCCCUGGAAACGGACGGAGAGCACAAGCUUCGCGGCGACACGUUGCGUGACGCCAUCGCCAAGGACCGUGCGGACGGCCUGAUCCCGUUCUUCGUGGUGGCAACCCUGGGCACCACCAGCUGCUGUUCGUUUGACCGCCUGGACGAGAUCGCCGAGGUGGGCAACGCCGAGAACAUUUGGGUGCACGUGGACGCCGCGUACGCUGGAUCUGCAUUUGUUUGCCCGGAAUAUCGUCAUUAUAUGAAAGGAAUAGAAUUAGUCGAAUCAUUCAAUUUCAAUCCUCAUAAGUGGCUUCAAGUUACUUUUGAUUGUUCAGCAAUGUGGCUAAGAAACCCAAAUUACGUGAUAAAUGCUUUCAACGUAGAUCCACUUUACUUGAAACACGAACUUGAGGGACAAAUGCCGGAUUACAGACAUUGGCAAAUACCGUUGGGCCGUCGUUUUCGUUCACUAAAAAUGUGGUUCGUGUUCCGUCUAAUUGGUGUUGCAAACCUUCAAAAGUCCAUCAGAAAAGAUAUAAAUCUUGCGCUUGAAUUCGCCAAACGGUUGGAAAACGAUCCAAACUAUGAACUUUUCAAUGAAGUUACUAUGGGAUUGGUGUGCUUCAGAAUUAAGGGAUCCAACGAACUCAACGAAGCGUUGUUGAAAGAGAUAAAUGAACGAGGCAAAGUAUAUAUGGUCCCAUCAAAAGUCAAAGGAUCCUUUUUUUUGCGUAUGGCUAUUUGCUCGAGAUAUACACAGAUGGACGAUAUCGAAGUGACAUGGAACGAAGUGAACGAAGCCGGUAAAACCGUUUUAAGUAAACAAUAGAAUCCGUCUUAGUAAUAUUAAGAUUAAAUGUAACAACUAAAAUGAAUUCUGUAUUAAAUAUUGAACACGAAUGAUUCUUAAAACUAGUAUUGAAAAAUAUAAAAUAAAAAUAUCACUAACACUAAUAAAACAAAAUUUAAU